AUGGCCGGACCCCUUGUGCCUUAUGCUUUCUGCUUCCAACCCACGGACCAACAGAUCAUCAGUUUCUUUCUCUACAAGAUAGCGGUUAAGCGUCAGCUGUUACCGCCACCACACGACGAGUAUGUGCAUGAGGAGGACCUCUUUGACUUCAAAGAACCAUGGGAGAUUUGGGAAGAAUAUGGAGGAGAUCAAGACUUGUAUUUCUUCUGCGAGUUCAAGAAGACCGUCUACAAACAGUUUACGGAUCAUUUGACGCAUAAACAGAAGGGACAUAUUGCUCUUUUGUCACGGAAGCACAGCAACCGCAUGAAACUCAUCGCCUUCAAAAGCCAAAGCAAGAUUGCUACCAGAUUGAAGUUAUUCGACGGUCGACCAAAUACAUCGAGCAAGGAACAAGGCCUUGCAUGGUGGCAAUUUCCACUCGUUUGCACAAUUUCUGAGUUGGAUAACAACUUCUACAACGGGUUGCCUUCGAAUCUCUCCGGCGCUUGGACUAGGGGCUCAAGGACGUAG